AUGUAUAAGGAACACAGUCAGAAUCUGGCUCAUCUGGCAGAGCGAACUCAUGGCCGAUAUGUUGAGAUCAUGCGAGAUGUUGAGCAUCUUGUCAACGACCAUAUCGCACAUCAAGCAUCCGGGACGAGUAGCCGCUCUACAUUAAAGAUGUUGAUACCCUCGGUGGGCACCUUUUUUACGCCUUUACUGCUGGAGGAGGCAUUUAAAUAUCAGGAUAAAAAAAGAUUCAUCAGCAGUCGACGUUUUGUCCCCCCAUCUUUCAAUGAUAUUCGCUUGACUCUGAAUACAGCUCAGUUAAUGGGCUUGGUUCAUCGCAGUGAAGUACAGUUGGUGACAUUUGAUGGAGAUGUUACGCUGUAUGAGGACGGUGCUUCGCUAACACCAGAUAACCCUGUCACACAUCGUAUACUUCGUCUCUUACGGCAGGGCAAACGAGUUGGGAUUGUAACGGCCGCGGGGUAUACCAGCGCCGAUAAAUAUUAUGGACGGCUCCAUGGGUUGCUAGAUAUGGUUCAUGAUGCAUCAUCAUUGACUCCAGAGCAGAAGAAGUGCUUAAUAGUUCUUGGUGGCGAGAGUAAUUUCAUGUUCAAAUUUGACCCAGACUCUCCUCAUCGGCUGAGCUGGGUACCAUGCAGCGAAUGGUUCCUAGACGAGAUGAAAACAUGGACCGAAGAUGAUAUUACUGAGCUACUCAACGUGGCUGAAGCCGCGCUACGUGACUGCGUGUCAAAUCUUAACUUACCCGCAUCUAUUCUUCGGAAAGAGAGGGCUGUUGGGAUUUAUCCUUUGGCAGGCCACAAAAUGCACCGAGAGCAGCUGGAAGAAACGGUUCUCAUAGCACAGCAAACGGUUGAGAUGUCAGCCGUUGGCCAACGGCUCCCCUUUUGUGCUUUCAACGGCGGAAGCGAUGUCUUUGUUGAUAUCGGCGACAAGUCCUGGGGGGUCUUAUGUUGUCAAAGCUACUUUGGCGGAAUUCAUAGGUCGAAAACAUUGCAUAUUGGUGACCAGUUCUUAUCUGCGGGAGCAAAUGAUUUCAAGGCUCGACUUGCGUGUACAACGGCAUGGAUAUCAAGCCCCGGGGAAACGGUGCAGCUGCUUGACGAGCUUGCGGCGCUGGAGGGGGAAGGAUAA